UUAUGUAGCAUGCUGGAUGAUUUUCACCGCCGGACAAUUUCUCGUUUUUGUGGAGACUGCCACUUGGAGAUUUGCUUUUAUCUGUUCUAAUAUUUUUCGCUCCGAUCCUCACAAGAGACAAUGAAUGGAAAUACAGACCACACAGAUAACAAAAACAGUGGUUCAGUUGAAGAAAAAGUUGUCAUCUUAGAUGCUGGAGCACAAUAUGGAAAGGUUAUUGAUCGCAAAGUAAGAGAGCUGUUUGUAGACACAGACAUCUUACCUCUAGAUACUCCGGCAUAUUUAAUCAAAGAAAAGGGCUACAGGGCUAUCAUCAUAUCUGGUGGUCCUAACAGUGUGAAUGCAGAAGAUGCUCCUGUGUAUGAUCCAGCCAUCUUUCAUUGUGGUUUACCAGUUCUUGGGAUUUGCUAUGGACUUCAGAUGAUGAACAAAGAAUUUGGUGGCACUGUGCAAAAAAAGACGGUUAGAGAGGAUGGACAGUUUACCAUAAGCGUCAAUACUGAUGUGACAUUAUUCCGGGGCCUUGCAAAGGAACAGAAAGUACUCCUGACUCACGGAGACAGCUUAAAUAAAGUGGCAGAUGGUUUCAUUGUGGCUGCUACAUCAGGAAAGAUUGUCGCAGCAAUUGCAAGUGAGGAAAAACAACUAUAUGGAGUACAAUUCCAUCCAGAAGUAGACCUGAGUGAAAAUGGCAAAGAAAUGAUGCAGAAUUUUUUGUUCCGCAUAGCUGGUUUAUCUGGGACUUAUACAAUAACAAGCAGGCAAGAUUCCUGCAUUGCUGAGAUCAAAGAGAAAGUGGGCUCAAGUAAAGUUCUGGCAUUAGUAAGUGGAGGUGUAGAUUCUACUGUCUGUGCUGCACUGUUAUCCAAGGCACUUGAUGAGGAUCAGGUAUUAGCAGUACAUAUUGAUAAUGGAUUCAUGCGCAAGAAUGAGACGCAGAAUGUACAGGAGUCACUUGAGAGAAUAGGUCUCCAUCUUAAAGUUGUGAAUGCAUCCCAAUCUUUCUACUGUGGCACAACAACCGUCCCAGUAAAGAAGAACGAUCCCAAGUCUGCUAAGCGUACAACUAAGAUGCUAAAUACAACCAAUGACCCAGAGGAGAAGAGACAGAUCAUUGGGGAUACAUUUAUGAGGAUUGCUGAAGAAGUCUGUAUGGAGUUGAACCUCAAACCAGAAGAUACCAUUUUAGCACAAGGAACGUUGCGUCCAGAUCUUAUUGAGAGUGCAUCCCACAUGGCAAGCGGCAAAGCAGAUGCAAUUAAAACCCAUCAUAAUGAUACUGAGCUUGUUCGUCAGCUAAGACGUGAGGGACGCGUUGUUGAACCCUUGAAGGAUUUCCAUAAAGAUGAAGUAAGAGCAUUGGGAAGAGAGCUGGGGCUUCCUUGUGAACUAGUACAAAGACAUCCUUUCCCUGGUCCUGGAUUGGCAAUUCGAGUCAUCUGUGCUGAUGAGCCCUACAUGUGUAAAGACUUUGUUGAGACAAACUCUAUUCUACACAUCUUAGUAGAUUACAAUGCAGCAAUUAAGAAGCCUCAUGCAUUAAUGGGUCGAGUCACAUCUUCAAUGUCCGAUGAAGAACAAGCUUUACUCUGCUCCAUAACAUGCUCAGAUCAGUACUGUGCAACCUUACUACCUAUCAAAUCUGUUGGCGUUCAGGGAGAUGGAAGGACGUACAGUUACGUAGCUGGUAUAAGUACUCGCUCAGAUCCUGACUGGGAGAAACUCUUGCUACUUUCUAAGAUGAUCCCUAAAAUAUGUCAUAAUAUCAACAGAGUUGUUUACAUUUUUGGUGCUCCAGUUGAGGAUUCAAUAACAGACGUUACCCCCACUCUGCUUACACCAGGUGUGCUGGGCACACUCCGACAAGCUGACCACUUAGCACAAGCAGAACUUGUCCGAAGUGGCUAUUACAACAAGAUCAGCCAGAUGCCGGUCAUCCUAGUGCCUAUUCAUUUUGAUCGCAGUCCCACAAUGCAUCAGCCUUCAUGUCAACGAAGUAUCGUUAUACGAACAUUCAUCACAAAUGACUUCAUGACCGGGAUACCAGCACAACCAGGGAAGCAGUUACCAGAAGAGGCUCUGAAUAGAAUAGUAGAGAGUGUGUCGACUGUACCAGGUAUAUCCAGAGUUCUGUAUGAUCUGACAGCCAAGCCACCAGGGACAACAGAAUGGGAGUAAUGACAUUCUUGCCAUCUGCAGGCUGUCAUUCUGCAGUCUGGUCAUAAUUUGUAGUGUUGCGCUUUGUAGUGUUGCCAUUCUGGAGUCCAUAUUCUGCAAUUCAGCGUUCUUCAAAGUUGCAUUUUUGCAACCUGGUGCUCUUUUGAUUUUUAGUCCACAGUUUUGUGCAGACAGAUUUGACUUACAUAAUUGUUUCUACUCACUGACAGAAAUAAUCUUGGAGUUCAUUGGAAAGUUAAAAGUAGCAGCUGUGUAAUUACAUGUUUUUGAGUCGCCUGUUUUUGCUUGCAAAUCAAGAGAAAAAAAAAGGAAAUGAGCCCAUUUUUGACAUUAAGCACUGGUAUGAAAUGCACCAUAAAUAGAUGUUGUUUUACUUUGAUAUGUUGCAAUCUGAUGGGGUGGUGUAUGUUUCAAUUAUCUCUUCCAUUAUUUCACUUCAGAGAUGCUGAUUAUUAUUAGUGCAUAUUAUUGUUUCAGAGCCAGUACUUGAUGGAGGCAAUAAUUACCUCCAUGUAUUUGUCAUUGCGUUGAUGCCUCUUAAAAGGUUCCUUCAGAUAUGUGAAUGUCCAUAAUAGAGCUGUCCUUUAUAUGUGAAUGUCCAUAAUAGAGCUGUCCUUUAUAUGUGAAUGUCCAUAAUAGAGCUGUCCUUUACUAAAGAAAAGACGCUUUGCCCUGACAGAAAGUGUCAGGCCUGAAGUCUAUUCUAGAUCUGGGUUGAACCUUCGGGCAAUUUAAUCCUUUUAAAAAGCAAAGUAUUUCAUUUGAAAUUUGACUAUUUUUCUACAAUUUAGCAAGCUUUUACGAUUAAGCAGCUCUUUAGCGGAACUGUUGAUCAUGUACAUAAUGUUUUGAAUAGGCUUCUUAAGGGAAAUUAUACAGAUGGCUGUAAUGAGGGUAAGAUACUGAAAUAAUUUAGUUUAUCGAUACACAAAUUAAAUAUAUUAUUUGAUCAAGCAAGUUGUGCAAAACAAUAUUCAAAAACACCCCUUGAAGUAAAUAAAAAAUUUCCACCGAAUUGAAAUGUUAAGAAUUACCAAAAUGCUUAACCCUCGGCCUGAAUUACAUACAUUCAAAUUCAAUGAAAAAAUAUUGGCAUCAGUGUUCUUUUAAUUUGAUGAAAUUAUUUUGUUAUUUUGUGAUUUAAUAAUAAUAUUUGUUAAUGCAUUAUUUUGCAAACGUCAUGGGAAAAACUGUUUAGUUAUGUCUUAACUGCAAUGUUAUAUACACAUUUUUAAAACGAUUUGUCAAAACAGAGACAUUGUUUAACGUUGUGUGUUUGCUUGGUUACAAUUUGUCAAAACAGAGACAUUGUUUAACGUUGUGUGUUUGCUGGGUUACAAUUUGUCAAAACAGAGACAUUGUUUAACGUUGUGUGUUUGCUGGGUUACAAUUUGUCUGGUAAGACAUUUACAUUUAUUUUGUGUUGCACCAGAUGUUCGGAAUAAGUUGUUCUUGAAGAUUUAUUUUCCACUAAUGAAUCUAGCAGGGUUUUUUCCCUGAAAACAUUAAGGGAUUUUAUGCAAAGAAAUAUCCUUAUCCUUGGUUGGCAGUUAAUGUUGUGCUUCAUUCUUGUAAUGUUUUUUUGGUUUUUUUUUCUUUCAAUUUCUUGGUAGCAACUUUGAAUUUAAAUGUAAUGUUAAUUUGUUUUGCCUGCUUCAUUUGAUUGUGGUGUGUUUAAUAUGUCAGAGUGAUUUGUUUUUGUGUUUGCUCAGUUUGUUCCCAAUGGUUAAAUCUUCAGAUUAUGUCAUAUUUCUUAGAAUUACGGGGUUAAGAUGGAAAACAAUUUAUGUACAACUAUCUGAAACUUGUUAAACAUGGACAUGGAGUACCAGCCUUGCCCGUCUGCAGGGUGUUUUGAAAUAGCUUGCCUUCAACUAUAGUGUUUUAAUUGCAAUGUAACCCUAAAGUUGACAAUAUAUUUUCACAGGUUGGUUACUUGGUGUUUUUGAAAGUAGGGGAUUUGGAGCAAAUUUACCCAUCAGAAAGUCGAUGAUGUCUCUGCCUUUAACUUGUAAGUAGCUCAAAAAGUCAUUUUGUUUGCAUUCAAGGGAAGAGAUACAUUAUGACAGCCAAGUUACCAUAUGGUUAAUGUUAGUUGUCACAAAUGCAAGCGGGGAGAUGUCCAACAAUUGUGAUUUUACAAUUGUACAACUGAAUUAAUUUGAUCUGAAAAGUGUAUCCAAAGUUUGAAUUUUGUACAUAAUAUAUUGUGACAAUAUUAAUGUCUCAUUUGGAGGAGUGUUUUAUGUGCCUUUUACAGGUUGCAUCACUAUUAAAAAUGACGGUUUUGCAAUAAAACAACAAAAUAAAAUAAAAUGUGUCUAGACAAUCCAGAGUAUGUUGUGAUUAAACAAUUUAUUUUACAAAGUGUAUUAACUUUAUAAUUCAACGUACUGUUUACAUAACAAUUGUAUGUACAUUCAGGUUCAAUCAACGCCUACAUACUACACUGGAACACCCCCCCUCCAUGUACAUGUAUUUAUACAGCAAUGUUGUACGUUACUAUUCAGUUUUACAACCUCAUUGUUCUGGUUGGACUUGUAACAACACAUUGUGAACAUCCUUUACCAAGACUAAGUUUCAUCUAUAACAAAACACUCUGUCAACCACUGGUGGACUACCACUAGCUCAUCGGAGUUACAGCGCGAUAUCUUGCUUCAAGAGUGCUAAGAAUAUAGAGACACACUGUAAAACCAUUGAAAGACUAACUGACUACUUAAUGUACAAUCAAGUGGCUACAUAUUAUGCAAUCUUCACUCAAGAAAGCUGUUAAAUAUAUGUUUAUCUAAAAGUAUAUAAACUUCAAACAGUUACAAUCCUUUUUAGUUUGUUUGCCAAAAGUUAUGUAUUUCUGUUGGCAGACCAUUAACUAUUAAUAAGUAUUCUUAUACCCUAAAAUGUUCCUUCAAGAUAAUUCCUUAUGGUUAAUAAAUUGCUCCAUGGUUUUAAGAGUUGUUGAUUGACAGCUCAGACAAAUCAAUCAUAUUUUGAAUUAGGCUGGGCAUUUCAAUAUUAUUAAUGGCAACCAUGGAACUACUGUGCAUUGUAACAGCCAAUGGCAUGCAUACAAUUGAAUUGUUAAGUACAUUAUAAGCAACACUCUAAAAACCAGCCUACCAUUUGUACAUGUUUAACUUCUCUGAGCUACUCCAGACGUGUGUGCUAGCAUUGCUCUAUUUUUGCAUGCAGGGUUAGGGUUAGGGUUAGUUUUGCAUGGAAGGUACUACACAUGUAGUUGCACAUUAUAAAUCCUAACAUUAGUUUCUAUUUAAUUGUUCAUUUUUAGAACAACUCAUGGAAAUGAAUUCAUUCAAAAUUUCAGAAAUCACAAGGAAAUGUAAAUUUGUUGCAAGUGGUAUACAAAAGCCAAAUGUCACUUAGCCCCGGUAGGACUUCAGUGUGACUGCAACAGAGAAAACCAAUCUGGGCUAAAAGUCACACAUAUAAUUACAUUUCAAUGUUAAUUCUAAUUAUAUGUGAAGUAAAAAAGGCAAUGGCUGAUGAACUGGUUUAGUUCUAAAAGAUAACAUUAAUCUGUUGGCAUUGAUUCUACAAUUUCUGACAGAAAAUAUACUGGCAGAUCUAUAUGAUAUAUACAAGGCUAACAUUAACCUUUGUUAUAGCUUGAUAACAAAUUGAGAAGUUUUAUUGGUUGAGACCAAUGUGAUACAUAGACGCAUGUUCCAUGGCCAAUGUUUGAAGAUGACAACAAAA